UUAUGCGAAUUUUCGUAUAUGUUUGACGCCGAACCUGCCAAUCAACGUUUAUGGUUUACAGCUGCAAAGCUAGUUGAGAAAAAAGGUGUAGAUUGGAAUACAUAUCAAAAGUUAGAAGAAUAUGCACAAAAUCAAGAAAAUAUUAAAAAAGAAGUAAAAACCUGCUAUCAUGGUGUAAGGGCAAAUAAUAAUGAACUUAGUAAAGUGGCUAUCAGUAAUACGACUAUUUUAUAUGCUUCUCUUAAACCAAUGGUAAUGAAAGCGCUAAAAAUUUCCGAUAAUGAAUAUGAUAAGUUGGUUAAAGCAUCAAAAGAUGAGCUAUUUGAAUAUGAUUCUUAUCAACAUAUAGUUCGUGUUUAUGCAA